AUGUGUGACGCAAGUGACUAUGUCGUGGGUGCUGUUCUUGGGCAGCGAGUUGACAAGCUUCCUCAUGUUAUAUAUUAUGCUUCUCGCACUCUUAAUGAUGCUCAACUUAAUUAUUCCACCAUUGAAAAAGAGCUCUCGGCGGUCAUUUUUGCCUUGGAGAAGUUUCAGUCAUACUUGAUUGAAACUAAAGUGAUUGUUUAUACCGACCAUGCUGCUCUUCGCUAUCUAUUGGCAAAGAAAGAAGCCAAGCCUUGGAUGAUUCGGUGGAUUCUACUUCUUCAAGAGUUUGAUUUGGAGAUAAAAGAUAAAAAGGGUUAUAGGGUGGCGGACCACUUGAGUCGUCUUAUUCGGGAUGAAGAUAAUUUGCCCAUAGAAGAAAAUUUUCCGGAUGAGCAGCUCCUCGCCAUGCAAGAAGUUAUUCCUUGGUAUGCCGACAUUGUAAACUACCUUGCUUCAAAGGAGUUACCAAGUGAUCUUACACAAGCACAACGUAACAAGAUCAAGCAUGAUGCUCGCUACUACAUAUGGGAUGAACCUUAUCUUUGGAAGCAUUGUACAGAUCAAAUCAUUCGAAGGUGUAUACCUGAAUCUGAAUUUCGUUCCAUCCUUGCUUUUUGUCAUGCUUAUGCUUGUGGUGGACACUUUGGACCUAAGAGGACAGCUUGUAAGAUAUUCGACAACGGUUUCUAUUGGCCCACAAUUUUUAAAGAUUCUUAUGCUUAUUCAAUUGCAACUAGAACGGAUAAUUCAAAUACAGUAGUGGAUUUCAUUCACUCCAACAUUUUUGUGCAUUUCGGUACACCUAAGGCUAUACUUAGUGAUCGAGGCACUCAUUUCUGUAACAAAAGUAUAGAAGCAUUGUUUCGACGCUAUAGUGUAACUCACAAGGUGACAGUUGCUUAUCAUCCGCAAGCCAACGGACAAGCGGAGGUUUCUAAUCGUGAAAUCAAAUUGAUUCUUGAGAAAACUGUAAAUCCAAACCGGAAAGAUUUGAGUACAAGGCUUGAUGAUGCCUUGUGGGCGUAUCGUACGUCAUAUAAAACACCUAUCGGUAUGUCACCAUAUCGGUUGGUGUAUGGGAAGCCUUGCUAUCUACCGGUAGAGCUAGAGCAUAAGGCUUGGUGGGCUGUAAAAAAGUGUAACAUGGACAUGGUUGCUGUAGGACAACAAAGAAUGCUUCAAUUGCAUGAGCUAGAAGAAAUACGCAAUGAAGCAUAUGAGAGCUCGAGAAUCUACAAGGAGAAAACCAAAGCCUUUCAUGACAAACGUAUUCUUCAGAAGAGUUUUGUGGAAGGUCAGAAAGUUCUCAUGUAUCACUCUCGCCUUAAACUUUUUCCUGGGAAGUUGAAGUCUCAUUGGUUAGGUCCGUUCAUUGUUACCAAGGUUUUUCCUCAUGGAGUAGUCGAAGUUGUAAGUCCAAGUACCGGAAAGUCAUUCAAGGUGAAUGGUCAGAGAUUAAAGCCAUAUUAUGAAUCAAUGGAGGAAGAACAAGCUGCUGUGAUUCAUCUCAUUGACCCAGUAUAUGUUGAUGAAUGA